GGAAAGGAAGACACAAACUAUUUGAAUUGGGGGGAAAAGCUUUCUUCGAAGGGUGUUUUUCCGUUGAAAUUAAUGUUUCGCUAAUCCAAUAAAGAUCAAAAGCAGUAGCUAUGUGGAUGUUAGAUGCCAGCGAGCGCUUGUGCCAUCGAACGGAGCUAAAAUGCUGCACACAGAAUCGCUGCCCACCGCUGGCCACCAGGGCAUCUAUGCGCCGCUAAGGCAGGCGAUGAGCGAUUCCGAAUCGGACGAGGAGAUCGAGAUUCACAACGCCACCAAGCACCGCCAACUGCAGCUCCAGAAUCUUCAGCAUCAGCAGCUGCAGCCUCAGAGGAGCCGGGUUCCACCUAAUACACUUGCUCUGAAGUCGCCACAUACUCGAGCUGCACCCACCGCCACACGAAUUGUGACCCGGAACCCGACUGCCUUGGCGGGAAACCCACAGAAAUUCCAGCUAGAGGGCAGCAGUUACACCACCAACAUGCAGAACACUUUCCGAUCCGUCAUGCUCAGCGAUAAUGGCGGCGUGGGAUCAGAGUUGUCCCACUUCAACAGCGAAUUCGAUUCCAAUGCGGACAAUGUGGCCAUUUUGGGUGGCACCCAAGGCGCCGAGGAUGCGGCCAAAAGGACACCCAUGUCGCCGGCCAGGAAAUGUUGCUUCAUCGGCAGUCUACUGCUCUGUGUCUUUGCGGUGGUGUCCUUCGUGUGGAUUGUGCCCUGCGGCAAUCCAGACGGCACUGGUUCCUGUCCAGCCGUGGGGGACCGCAUCAAGACCCACAACUGGCUGAACAACUACACCCGGGCGGAGCUGAUGGGAGGCGUUAACGUUGUAGGCGGAUUCCGCGCCUGGGAGAACAACCUGAUCUUUAUGUACCGCGGCGAUGCCUUCUUUCCGGAAUCCCGGCCGGGAAACGAACGACGGAAUGGCAUCAUCUGUCUCAUCGGCAGCUCUGGGGCUGUGGCCUGGUAUGUGGAGAUGGUGGACGAGCCAGUGGCUCUGGACUGCACGCUCGUUGACAUUGAUGGGAACGGAAAGACGGACUGUCUGGUGCUCGACGAAUCCGGUGAACUGGGGGCCAUCAAUGCCCUUUCCGGCGAGUGGCUAUGGUGGUUUAAGGAGCGUUCCGCCCGCAAAGUAGAUGCAUACGAUUUCCCCAUUGUCCUGCCCGAUCUGGAUGGCGACGGGGUGCUGGAUCUGUUGCUAGUCACAAGCUUGUCACUGGAGCAGCGAACAAAGUCGCUGGCCCAAGCAAAACCCGAAUCCUCCAGCCAGUUGGAGGCUCGCAACGUACUGCGUCUGUUGUCGGGCAAGAAGGGAACUCCCAUAGGAAGUGGCUUCACCAGCCAUGAUUGUGACAAGCUGUGCAAUCUUAAACUGGAGGCGGGCAACGUGAGCUUCACCUGCCAGCGGGUCAAUGGCACAGAACAGUUGCGCUCGAAGGGCCUGGAUGUGCUCUACACUUUGAUAACGAACAAAUCGAUUGGAAGCCAGCGCCUGCUGUCCACGGCCAAGAUAGCACAGCACCGGAAUCACGGCCAGCGGCGGGAGAUGGAUGCGCAGCGUAACAUCUACAGCCUCAGCGGACGGGAGCUUGUGCUGGAGAACCGCGGUCGCUGUCCGGAGAACUGCAAUGUCACGUUUGUCCUGAGCGAGGUGCGGGAUGGCAAACCCAAUGUGGUGCAGAGCUUCAGCAAGAGCGGAAUGUACGGCAUGGUGCCUGCCCAAUGGCACUUCAAGAACACCAAAAGCCAGAUGUCCGGCUUUGUGGUGAAGUUCUGGAAGUGGCACGGUCCGCUUAAGCCAGUCAAGCAGAGCUCCACGAGCAGCACCAACAAUGUUCAGAAGAGUGGCAGCAACAAUCACACCAAGAAUAUGAAUGCCAUCAAGGACAAGGAGAAGGAGCAGGCAAAGAGGAAGCAACAGCAGCAGCUUCAGCGGGUGAAAAGAGGCAGCCAAAAGCAGGAGCACGAGUUCCCACCGCACCACGAGGAGUUCGAUGUCUUCGAGCAUUUGAUACAGAAGAGGGAAACGUUCGGAGUGCCCUCCAAGAACCAAACAAAGACAAGUGGCCUCUCCUCCAGCGCCGGCUACAAGAUGCAGAAGAUCACGGAGACGGUGAUUCUGGUGCUGUUUGUGGGCGCAGACACUCACAUUGAGAACACCUCCCAGAGCGAUAUCAUCCAGUUCUGCCGCCACGAUCGCAACGAGUUGGUCUGCCAACCGGAUCUGAACAACCAGGAUCACUCGAUGCUGAUCGCCGAUCUGGAUCAGGACGGAUCCCAGGAGCUUGUCACUUACACGUCCACCUUUGUGCAUACCGAUGACGAGCAGCCUCGGAACGAGUUUAAACUGCUGACCUACGUGCGACUGCUGCGCCUCCAGGCGGAACUGCCAGCCUACUACGAGGACGGGAGGCGGAACUAGGCGGUAUCAGCACAUGGAACGAGCAUUUAGCCAGCCGGAAACGAGCUGUCGGACACGAGUAGUAGUUUAAUCCUAGAUGCAUGCAUUACAUUGUACAUUAAUAGAACCUUUUCUAGCCACUCCCAUAAAGUAAUAAAUCAGUAAACAACAA